UUCCAGGGGGAUUAUGUGUGGAUGGACCUCAAAACAGGGCGGGAAUUCGAUGUCCCCAUUGGAGCGGUGGUUAAACUGUGCGACUCGGGACAGAUCCAGGUGGUGGAUGAUGAAGACAAUGAGCACUGGAUUUCCCCACAGAAUGCCAGCCACAUCAAGCCCAUGCACCCCACCUCUAUCCAUGGAGUAGAGGACAUGAUCCGCCUGGGGGACCUGAAUGAGGCAGGAAUCCUCAGGAACCUGCUGAUCCGCUAUCGGGAGCACCUCAUCUAUACAUACACUGGUUCAAUACUGGUAGCAGUAAACCCCUACCAGCUCCUACCCAUCUACUCACCGGAGCAGAUACGUCUCUACACCAACAAAAAGAUUGGGGAGAUGCCACCACACAUCUUUGCCAUUGCUGACAACUGCUACUUCAACAUGCAGCGCAACAACAAGGACCAGUGCUGCAUCAUUAGUGGUGAAUCUGGAGCAGGGAAGACAGAAAGCACCAAACUGAUUCUGCAGUUCCUGGCAGCCAUCAGUGGUCAACACUCCUGGAUUGAGCAACAGGUCCUGGAGGCAAAUCCCAUUUUGGAAGCUUUUGGGAACGCCAAGACCAUCCGCAACGACAACUCCAGCCGCUUUGGGAAGUACAUCGACAUCCACUUCAACAAGAGAGGAGCCAUCGAGGGCGCAAAGAUUGAGCAGUACCUGCUGGAGAAGUCCCGGGUCUGCAGGCAGGCCCCCGACGAGCGCAACUACCACGUGUUUUACUGCAUGCUGAGAGGGAUGACGGUGGAGCAGAAGAAGAAGCUGGGUCUUGGGAAAGCCACGGACUACAACUACCUUGCCAUGGGCAACUGCACCACCUGUGAUGGCAGAGAUGACAGCAAGGAGUACGCCAACAUCCGCUCUGCCAUGAAGGUCCUGAUGUUCACUGACACGGAGAACUGGGAGAUCUCCAAGCUGCUGGCUGCCAUCCUGCACAUGGGCAACCUGCAGUAUGAAGCUCGGACCUACGACAACCUGGAUGCCUGUGAGGUUGUUCAGUCAGCAUCUCUAAUCACUGCAGCAUCCUUGCUGGAGGUUGACCCUCAGGAUGUGAUGAACUGCCUUACCAGCAGGACUAUCAUCACCAGGGGUGAGACAGUCUCCACCCCUCUCAGCAUGGAGCAAGCACUGGAUGUGAGGGAUGCUUUUGUAAAGGGAAUUUAUGGGCGGCUUUUUGUGUGGAUCGUGGAGAAGAUCAAUGCUGCAAUUUACAGACCUCCCUCCCAGGAACUCAAAAGCAUCAGGAGAUCCAUUGGCCUCCUUGACAUCUUUGGGUUUGAGAACUUCACUGUGAACAGUUUUGAGCAGCUCUGCAUUAACUUUGCGAAUGAAAACCUGCAGCAGUUCUUUGUGCGCCACGUCUUCAAGCUAGAGCAGGAGGAGUACAACCUGGAGAACAUCAACUGGCAGCACAUUGAGUUCACUGACAACCAGGAUGCCUUGGACAUGAUUGCCAUCAAGCCCAUGAACAUCAUCUCCCUCAUCGACGAGGAGAGCAAGUUCCCCAAGGGUACAGAUGCCACCAUGUUGAACAAGCUGAACUCCCAGCACAAGCUUAACACCAACUACAUUCCUCCAAAGAAUAACUAUGAAACCCAGUUUGGGAUUAACCACUUUGCUGGAAUCGUUUACUACGAAACCAAAGGUUUCUUGGAGAAAAACAGGGACACGCUGCAUGGAGACAUCAUUCAGCUGGUGCAUUCCUCCAAAAACAAAUUCAUCAAGCAGAUCUUCCAAGCAGAUGUGGCAAUGGGAGCAGAGACGAGGAAGCGCUCGCCGACGCUCAGCAGCCAGUUCAAGCGGUCCCUGGAGCUGUUGAUGAGGACUCUCAGCGUGUGCCAGCCCUUCUUUGUCCGCUGCAUCAAGCCCAAUGAGUACAAGAAGCCCAUGCUGUUUGACCGGGAGCUGUGUGUCCGCCAGCUGAGGUACUCGGGGAUGAUGGAGACCAUCCGGAUCCGCCGCGCUGGCUACCCCAUCCGCUACACCUUCGUGGAGUUCGUGGACAGGUACCGCGUGCUCAUGCCUGGGGUGAAGCCAGCGUACAAACAGGGCGACCUUCGUGGGACAUGCCAGCGCAUUGCUGAAGCAGUGCUUGGGAAGGAUGACGACUGGCAGAUCGGCAAGACAAAGAUAUUCCUGAAGGACCACCAUGACAUGCUGCUGGAGAUUGAGAGAGACAAGGCCAUCACAGACAAAGUCAUCCUCAUCCAAAAGGUGGUCCGUGGGUUUAAAGACAGGUCCAAUUUCCUGAAAGUGAGGAAUUCAGUCCUGAUGAUCCAGAGAUACUGGCGUGGACACAACUGCAGGAAGAACUAUGGCGCUAUGCGGAUUGGCUUCCUGAGGCUGCAGGCCCUGUACCGGUCCCGCAAGCUGCACAAGCAGUACCACAUGGCUCGGCGCAGGAUCAUCGAGUUCCAGGCACGCUGCCGAGGCUACCUGGUCCGCAGGGCUUUCCGCCACCGCCUCUGGGCUGUCCUCACUGUCCAGGCCUACGCCCGAGGCAUGAUCGCCAGAAGGCUCUACAAGCGUCUCCGGGGGGAAUAUCAUCGACGCCUGGAAGCAGAGAAACUUCGGCUGGCGGAAGAGGAACGACUCCGAAAGGAGAUGAGUGCCAAGAAAGCCAAAGAGGAAGCAGAAAAGAAGCACCAAGUACGCCUGGCCCAGCUGGCACGGGAGGAUGCUGAGAGAGAAGUGAAGGAGAGGGAGGAAGCACGGCGGAAGAAAGAGCUCUUAGAGAAAAUGGAGAAAGCUCGCAACGAGCCUGUGAACGACUCAGAAAUGGUGGACAAAAUGUUUGGGUUCCUGGGGACAACCUCCUCCCUCCCUGGCCAGGAAGGACAGGCACCUAACGGCUUUGAGGAUCUUGAGCGAGCCCAGAAGGAGCUGGAGGAAGAGGACCUUGAUGCAGCACUGCCUCUCCCUGAGGAAGAGGAAGAAGAUCUCUCAGAGUACAAAUUUGCCAAGUUUGCUGCAACAUAUUUCCAGGGCACAACGACACACACCUACAUCCGCCGGCCUCUCAAGCAGCCUCUCUUGUACCAUGAAGAUGAAGGAGACCAGUUGGCAGCACUUGCUGUGUGGAUCACCAUCCUCCGUUUCAUGGGAGACCUCCCUGAGCCGAAAUACCACACAGCCAUGAGUGAUGGUGGUGAGAAGAUACCAGUGAUGACAAAAAUCUAUGAAACUCUUGGCAAAAAGACCUAUAAGAAAGAACUACAGGCUCUGCAGGGAGAAGGAGAGAGUCCUCAGAUUGAUGGGCACAAGAAGAACAGUGUGCGGCACAAACUGGUCUCCUUAACUCUCAAGAAGAAAUCCAAACUGACAGAGGAGGUAACAAAGAGACUUCAUGAUGGUGAGUCCACGCUCCAGGGUAACAGCAUGCUUGAGGACCGACCCACCUCCAACCUGGAGAAGCUCCAUUUCAUUAUUGGUAAUGGCAUCCUCAGGCCAGCCUUAAGGGAUGAAAUCUAUUGUCAAAUCUGCAAGCAGCUGACCCAGAACCCAUCCAAAAGCAGCCACGCCAGGGGUUGGAUCCUGAUGUCCCUCUGCGUGGGAUGUUUUGCUCCUUCUGAGAAGUUUGUGAAGUAUCUAAGGAACUUCAUCAAUGGAGGUCCCCCAGGUUAUGCUCCCUAUUGUGAAGAGAGGCUGCGGAGGACGUUUGCCAAUGGGACCAGGACACAGCCACCCAGCUGGCUUGAGCUGCAGGCAACCAAGUCCAAGAAACCAAUCAUGUUGCCUGUCACAUUUAUGGAUGGGACCACGAAAACGCUGCUGACCGACUCUGCCACAACCGCUAAGGAGCUCUGCAAUUCUUUGGCUGACAAAAUCAGCCUGAAGGACAGAUUUGGCUUCUCCCUGUACAUUGCACUUUUUGACAAGGUCUCCUCUCUGGGGAGUGGCAAUGACCAUGUGAUGGAUGCUGUGUCCCAGUGCGAGCAGUACGCCAAAGAGCAGGGAGCGCAGGAGCGCAACGCCCCGUGGAGGCUCUUCUUCAGGAAGGAGAUCUUCACUCCUUGGCACAUCCCAAAUGAAGACAAUGUGGCCACCAACCUGAUUUACCAGCAGAUCGUGAGAGGGGUGAAGUUUGGAGAGUACAGGUGUGACAAGGAAGAAGAUCUGGCAGAACUGGCUUCCCAGCAGUACUAUGUGGAUUAUGGGUCAGAGAUGGUACUGGAAAGGCUGCUGAAUCUAAUCCCAUCCUACAUCCCAGACAGAGAGAUCACAGCUUCCAAAACUGUGGAAAAAUGGGCUCAGCUCAUUAUAGCUGCACAUAAAAAGGGAAUUUAUACUCAGAAGAGGACAGACCCCAAAAAAGUCAAGGAAGAGGUUGUGGAUUUUGCACGUUUCAAGUGGCCUUUGCUGUUUUCUCGGUUUUAUGAAGCCUUCAAAUUCUCAGGGCCAAGCCUGCCUAAAAAUGAUGUGAUUGUAGCUGUCAACUGGACUGGGGUGUACUUUGUGGAUGAACAGGAGCAGGUUCUCUUAGAGCUCUCUUUCCCAGAGAUCACAGCUGUGUCAAGCAGCAGAGGGGGAAAGCUGCAAGGGCAGAGUUUCACCUUGGCCACCAUUAAAGGUGAUGAAUACACUUUCACCUCCAACAAUGCAGAAGAUAUCCGGGACCUGGUGGUGACCUUCCUUGAAGGAUUAAGGAAAAGAUCCAAGUAUGUGGUCACCCUCCAAGACAACCCAAACCCUGUGGGAGAAGAAUCUGGGUUCCUCAGCUUCCUCAAAGGAGACCUCAUAGUUCUGGACCAGGACACAGGAGAACAAGUGAUGAACUCAGGGUGGGCUAACGGGUUCAAUGAACGGACCAAGCAGAGAGGGGAUUUCCCAACCGAUGCUGUCUACGUCCUGCCUACAGUCACCAUGCCCCCGCUGGAGAUCGUGGCACUGGUCACAAUGACCCCUGACCAACGGCAAGAUGUGAUCAGAACCUCUCAGCUGGCAAUUUCAGACAGUGAAGAGAGAGUAAAGCCAUACACCUUGGAAGAAUUCUCCUAUGAUUAUUUCAGGCCACCUCCCAAGCACACCCUCAGCAGGGUGAUGAUUACCAAGAGCCGUGGGAAGGACAAGCUGUGGUGUUACACUCGUGAGCCCAUCAAACAACCCUUGCUGAAGAAGAUCCUGGGCAGUGAGGAGCUGUCCCAAGAAGCCUGCAUGGCCUUCAUUGCAGUGCUGAAGUACAUGGGUGACUACCCAUCCAAAAGGACCCGCUCUGUUAAUGAGCUGACAGACCAAAUAUUUGAAGGUGCCUUGAAAGCUGAACCCUUGAAGGAUGAAAUCUACUGCCAGACCCUCAAGCAGCUCACAGACAACCACAUCAAGUACAGUGAAGAGAAAGGCUGGGAGCUGUUGUGGUUGUGCACAGGCCUUUUCCCUCCAAGUAACAUCCUCCUGCCCCAUGUCCAGAGGUUCCUGCAGUCCCGGAAACAUCACCCCUUGGCGGCAGACUGCAUCCAGAGGCUCCAAAAAGCCCUGAGGAAUGGAUCCAGGAAGUACCCACCCCAUCUGGUAGAAGUGGAAGCCAUUCAACACAAAACCACCCAGAUUUUCCACAAGGUUUACUUCCCUGAUGAUACUGAUGAGGCCUUUGAGGUGGAGUCCAGCACGAAAGCCAAGGACUUCUGCCAGAACAUCUCCAACAGGCUGCUCUUAAAAUCCUCUGAGGGCUUCAGCCUCUUUGUCAAAAUCUCUGACAAGGUCAUCAGUGUGCCCGAGGGAGAUUUCUUCUUUGACUUUGUGAGACAUCUGACGGACUGGAUAAAGAAAGCAAGACCUGCAAAAGAUGGUAUAGUGCCUUCUCUCACCUAUCAAGUGUUCUUCAUGAAAAAGCUCUGGACCAACACAACCCCUGGGAAGGACUCUAUGGCAGACUCCAUCUUCCACUACUACCAGGAGCUCCCCAAGUACCUGCGUGGUUACCACAAGUGCUCACGGGAAGAGGUCCUGCAGCUGGCAGCUCUCAUCUACAGGGUGAAGUUUGAGGAUGACAAAUCCUACUUCCCCAGCAUCCCCAAGCUGCUGAAGGAGCUGGUGCCUCAGGACCUCCUCCGGCAGCUCUCUCCAGACGACUGGAAAAGGUCCAUCGUGGCAUACUACAACAAGCACGCAGGCAAAACAAGAGAAGAAGCCAAACUUGCCUUCCUAAAGAUUAUCUUCAAGUGGCCUACAUUUGGAUCAGCAUUCUUUGAAGUGAAGCAAACUACAGAGCCAAAUUAUCCAGAAAUCCUUCUAAUUGCCAUCAAUAAGCAUGGAGUCAGCCUCAUCGAUCCCAAAACCAAGGAUAUUCUCAUCACUCACCCCUUCACCAAGAUCUCCAACUGGAGCAGUGGCAACACUUACUUCCAUAUAACCAUCGGCAACCUGGUGAGAGGAAGCAAGCUGCUGUGUGAGACCUCCCUGGGGUACAAGAUGGAUGAUCUUUUGACCUCAUACAUCAGCCAGAUGCUAACAGCCAUGAGCAAACAGAGGAGCGCAAAGGGUAGCAAGUGA